UUCAACUUGCCAAGAACCAUAUACUCUGAAACCAGGCAUUGUAAGAUUUCAUUCUUUCAUUGAAUAUUUUGCAUUUGGUUUUGUAUUAUUUAUUCUGUUUCUUAGAUUUUUGGACUUUGAUUGAUUUUUGUGUAUUUUUUUUUUUAAUCGAUUUGUGAUACAAUUAGUAUGCCCAGAUCCAUGAAAGUAUUGUGUUUGCAUGGUUGGGUGCAAUCUGGCCCUACGUUCUCAAAAAAAAUGGGAACUGUGCAAAAAUACCUAUCUAAAUUUGCUGAAUUACAUUUCCCUACAGGUCCUGUAGAAUACAAGGAAGAAGUUGACCCCAAUGACGAAGCUGAACAAAAGCGUCUUGCUUCCAUGGGUGCUGACCAAGGUGGUAAAUAUGGUUGGUUUGAAGUAGAAAACUUCAAAAAUACUUAUGAUUCCUGGGAUAAGAGUUUACAGGUUAUCAACGAGUACAUGAAAGAAAAGGGUCCUUUUGAUGGUUUGAUUGGUUUCUCUCAAGGCGCUGGUAUUGGUGCUAUGUUGGCACAUCUCUUGCAGCCUGGUCAACCUCCUAAUCCUUACGUACAACAUCCUCCCUUAAAGUUUGUCGUAUUUAUUGGAGGUUUCCGCUCCGAAAAGCCCGAGUUUAAUCACUUUUAUGAGCCUAAACUUACUAUUCCCAACUUACACAUCAGUGGUACUGCCGAUACCCUUGUUCCACUUGAGCGUUCCAAGCAAUUGAUGGAGCGUUGUGAGAAUCCUAACAUUUUGUUGCAUCCUGGUAUGCACAUUGUUCCUCAGCAAGCUGUUUACAAGACUGGAAUCCGUGACUUCAUGUACUCGGUUCCUAUUUCUGGUGAGCCUACUAAGCAUCCUCGUGAUCUGACUUUAAUUGUGGCCGUUUCUUCUCCUUCAAUGGGAAUUGGCAAGAAGAAUAACAUGCCUUGGCACAUUAAGGAAGAAAUGGGUUAUUUCGCAAAUGUGACGACAUCCACCAAUGGCAUUGAGCUUGCCGAAGGAAAAUCCAAGAUCAUGAACGUUGUGUUAAUGGGUCGUUCAUGUUACGAUAGCAUUCCUAAGAAGAACCGUCCCUUGAAGGAGCGCAUUAAUGUAGUAAUUACUCGUACUGAGAACUACAACUUCGGUUUGACUAAGAAGGAUAAGGUUCCUGAACACUUGUAUGCUGCCGAUUCCAUUGAUGCAGCUUUGGAUACUUUGGCUGAAAAGUAUGAUAACACCGACAUCCAAAUUGGCAAGGUCUUUGUCAUCGGAGGCUCUUUCUUGUACGGUAGCGCUCUUUAUCAUCGUUUGACAAAGAACAUAAUUUUUACUCGCAUUUACCAUGAAUACCAAUGCGAUUCAUUCUUCCCUUUUGAACCCAAGGAUACACCCACAUGGGAGAAGAAGUCGCAUGCUGAACUUGAGAAGUUUGUUGGUAUUCCCGUGCAUGAAGGACACUUAAAGGCUGUUGGAUCCAAGAAUGAGGAAGUUGAAUUAGAGUUUGAGUUGUAUGGUAAAGACGAUGUAUCUCAUGCGUUGUCCAAAUUGGCUGUUUAGAAUAAAAAAAUAGACGAUAGAGAAUAGAGAUUUUUUUGUUUCACUUG